AUGAAGAAUGCCUUUUUCCCUCAGGUGUCUGCACAUCUGUACAGCUCUGGCUACAACGAGGCCAUCUCUAAUAUUAUUCCUGCACAGAUAGACAACAACCUGAAUUCGUGUGACAGCAGCUUUUGGAUGGAUUUAGACGCGCAGAAUCAGCAUAGUCGGUUUGGUGAAAUAGUUAGUAUGUAUUCUCAAUCACCUGUCGACUAUAUAUCAGGACUGCCGUCGACAAUGCCAAUGGAAAGAGUAGAUUGCCCACCAUUUGUAGAAAAAAGUCACUCCAUUUCAAUGCCCAUUUUUGACAAUAAUAAUAUUUGUCAGCCGCUGGUGUCCCUUGGCAAGACUCUUCCAGUUGAGCAAAGUGAAAAUGAAUUACUGCCUAUACAAAAUGCAAGAAAACGUUCAGUUGAGGCUACUGAUAAAAAAUUCAAGAAAGCAAUGUUCUUUCGAGAAGACAUGGAGGGAGACAAAAUCAUAAGACGAAAGGUGCCAACACGGAGAAGCCAGAAGUUGACGGACAAGAUCACAGCCCUUCAGAAGCUAGUUUCUCCUUACGGCAAGACUGACACGGCUUCGGUGCUUCUGGAGGCUUAUAUUUCUGUCAACGUCCUUCAAGAUCAAAUUCAGAACUUGCUUCAAAUACAGGGAGCAGAAAAAGGAGUUGAUCUACAAAGAAGAGGGCUGUGCUUGGUUCCAGUGUCAUUCACACGGAAAUUAAUGGAGGAUUGUAAUCUUUAUUAA